AUGCGCAUCCUGAGUCGAUCUUACUCUUCAAUAUCAAAGCCCUUCUUUCGCAUCGAAUCGCCGAAGCAACUGGCUCGCAGAAUGGCUUCUCUUCCCACCACUUACGACGGGUCCGUCCCAAUUGCUGUUAUUGGAGGCACUGGUCUACGUGAAUUGCCUGGUUUCAGCCAGGUUGCUUCUCUGAACAUUGAGACCCCGUGGGGCACUCCCUCCUCCCCCAUCACCAUCUUGCACCAUGAGUGCAAGCACAACGGCAAGACCGUCGCCAUCGCUUUCCUGAGCCGUCACGGCCCCCACCACCAGAUUGCCCCUCACGAGGUUCCCGCCCGUGCCAACAUCGCUGCCCUACGCUCCAUCGGUGUUCGCUCCAUCAUUGCCUUCUCCGCCGUCGGCAGUCUGCAGGAGGAGAUCAAGCCCCGCGACUUCGUGAUCCCCGACCAGGUCAUCGACCGGACCAAGGGAGUGCGCCCAUGGACCUUCUUCGAGGGCGGCGUUGUCGCCCACGUCCCCUUCGGUGACCCCUUCGACGAGGGCAUCGCCAAGGUCGUGCGCGAGUGCGGACACAGCCUGGAGGGCGAGGGUGUCACCCUGCACGACCGCGGCACCAUCAUCUGCAUGGAGGGCCCCCAGUUCUCCACUCGCGCCGAGAGCAAGAUGUACCGCUCCUGGGGCGGCAGCGUGAUCAACAUGUCUGUCCUCCCUGAAGCCAAGCUGGCCCGCGAGGCCGAGAUCGCAUACCAGAUGAUCUGCAUGUCCACGGACUAUGACUGCUGGCACGAGUCCACCGCCGACGUGACCGUCGAGAUGGUCAUGGGCCACAUGAAGGCUAACGCUGACAACGCUCGCCGCUUCAUCACUGCUGUUCUUGAUGCGCUCGCUGGCGAGGAGCACUCUGAGCUUGUCCAGGCUAAGCACUUGGCUGGCGGUAUCAAGUUCGGUGUUAGCACUCCUCAGACCAGCUGGUCCGCCGAGGCUAAGAAGAAGCUGGACUGGCUCUUCCCCGGCUACUGGUAA